CUACCCAGAAUCAGAAGCUGAUGGGUGAGUAACAGACAAAUGAAACAGCUUUCUUGCUGUGGAUUUCCUGUCAGUUUCAGUUUUGCUCUCCUAACCCGCGUGUGUUCAUUCUGCCCACUGAACGCUGAAGUUUUCGGUAUUCUAUUUGCUAUUGGGUCACUGAGCCGGAGUGGAACCAAUUAGAAGUUCUAUAAACCCGGGUACAUAGUUUUCAGGGAUCUUUCGGCUUCCUCUGCCCCGGGACCAUGGAGCCUUCUGUGCUGUCGCUCUUUGUGCUGGGGGUUGUGGCCCUAACCGAGACCCGGGCAGGCUCUCACUCCAUGAGGUAUUUCUAUACUUCCAUGUCCCGGCCUGAGCUCGGGGACUCGAAGUUCAUCUCGGUGGGCUACGUGGACGAUCAGCAGUUUGUGCGCUUCAACAGCAGCAGCGAGAGUCAGAGGAUGGAGCCCCGGGCGGCCUGGAUAGACAAGGUGGAUGAGGAGGACCGGAACCACUGGGAGCGGAACACGCAGCGCUCCAGGGGAAAAGCAGAGAUUGACUGAGGGAGCCUGGAGAACCUGCUCGGAUACUACAACCAGAGAUGGGCGUUGCAUGCUGAUCCCGGGUCACCCCCAGCAGAGCAGGGAGGGGGGAGGCGGGUCACUCCCACAAUCAGCUGCGGCUCCCACUUGGAAUGGGGGGGGGUGCUGCACCCUAUCUUACCACGCUCUCUCAGGGGAGUUCUUGGGGGGGGGGGCAGCACCAGGUGGGGCUCUUCCUGAGGUGCUGACCAGGGCCGGGGGCGGGGCAGGGCUUCACACCAUCCAGGGAAUGAUGGGCUGUGAGGUUUCCCCUGAUGGCAGCUUCAGGAAGGGGAUUUACCAAUUCUCCUACUUUGGACACGACUACAUUGCCCUGGAUUGGGAGACUGGCUCGUAGACAGCAGCAGACACUGGAGCUGAGAACACCUUAAACAUAAAAUGAAGAUCAUAAUAGAACCUACCUCUAAGGGUCAUUGUGAGGAUCAAAUGAAACAACAUGUGUAAAGCACUUGGCAUCUAGUGGUCAAUAAAUGCUUAUUCCAUUCCCCCUUGCCCUUUCCUGAAGUCCCAAUCUUCUGCCUCUCCCAUUUCUCCUCCUAAACCACACCCAUAACCCUGUAUCUAUAAUAGUCCAAAUUUCACUUCUGUUCCCAGGCAACAGUUCUAACACUUCUAGAAACUGUUGAUUUUUCACUCCCUUCCCAACACCAACAUUCACCAACAGAUUCUUCUGAAUGAUGCUAGACACCUGCUCUUGUGGGUAAUCACAGUCACAAGCUCCCCACCAUCGUCCUCAUCUCUGUAAGUAUAAGUGGCAACAUGUUGAAGAGGGGGCAACCCCACACUUUUGCCUUAUUCUAUUCCAUUCCAAAGGCCCAAGGAUCUUCUAAAAGACUUUACACCAUUAAAAUAGUCUCAAAACUUUAUUGGGUCAUUCUCUUGGUGUGGGGAAUAAAAGCACAGAAGAAAAAAUACUGUGUUCCAACAAAGAGUAACCAAAAGAAAAAAAAUUCAGAGGAUGAAAAAAGUCAGAAAUUCUAGACUUUUUCUCCUUUACAUGUUCUGAGUCUCAGAUCUUAAUGAUCUGGAUCAGAGGAGUUAAAUAUGUGUCAGGAACCAUAUUAUAAUGCAAUUGUGGAAUAGCUAUGUUACUUGGUGGUUAGAAAGCCAGGACUAAAAACAGGAGGUCCUGAGUUCAGUUCAGACCUCAGUCAUUUCCUAGCUAUGUGCCCCUGGGUAAGUCACUUAACCCCAGUUGUCUAGCUCUUACUGCUCUUCUGUCUUGGAACCAAUAGUUAGUAUUGAUUCCAAGACAAAAGGUAAGGUGCAAUUGGGAAAUUUUUUAAAUUAUUUUUUUUACAGUUUUUGAAAUUUAUUUAGUCAAUUUAGAACAUUAUUCCUUGGUUACAAGAAUCACAUUUUCCUCCCUCCCCUCCCCCACCCUUCCUGCAGCCAACACGCAAUUACAUGUGUCCUUGAUCAGAACCUAUUUCCAUGUUGUUAGUGUUUGCAUUAGGAUGUUCACUUAGAGUCUACAUCCCCAGCCAUAUCCACAUUAACCCAUGUAUUCAAGCAUUUGUUUUUCUUCUGUGUUUUUACUCCCACAGUUUUUCCUCUGAAUGUGGAUAAUGUUUUUUCUCAUUGAUUCCUCCAAGUUGUUCAGGAUCACUGCAUUGUCACUAAUGGAAAAGUCCAUUACAUUUGAUUGUACCACAGUGUAUAGGUCUCUGUGUACAAUAUUGUCCUGGUUUUGCUCCUUUCACUCUGCAUCAAUUCCUGGAGGUCAUUCCAGUUCACAAUUGGGAAAUUCUUAACAAUAUCAAGAUACAAUAAAACAUAAAUGUGAA